AUGGCCCCGAAGUUGCGCAUAUCUGCUGGACCAAGCAAAGAAAACUUGAGUUUGGUGGCCGUGAAUCAUGAUGAGCAGCCUAUUGUUAUUGAUUCAGAAGAUUUUCAGGGUCGCAUUGCUGUUCGAGUAAAGGAUUUUCAUGGUGAGCUGCCAGAUGGAGUGGAAUCCCUGAAACAAUCCGCAUAUUUUUCGGAGCCCUAUGGCUCAAAAUUUUCUUAUAGCAUUCAAAUCCAGGGAAGAUUUUUGGAUGAGCUGACUGCAGAUGAUAUACUGUUCGGAAAUGACUUUGAUGCGCCUAUUCGUGAUUCACUACCACCAGGAAUGAGCUUGUUUUUACGUUUUCUGACCUACAUCGAUCCUAACAUGACGCACGAUUUAUAUGCCGAUCAACCAUGGGCGUUUUCUAAUUUUCUCGCUACGAUGCAUAAAGUCAAGGUAAUUCGUGCCAUGCCUGACACAUUUUCCGCAUGCAAGUCUGCAGAAGAGUGUUUCAGAGCUGAUACAUGGCCAGAUUUUCCUUUCUUGUCUGAGGAAGAAAAGUUCUGUUCCGAGGACAUAACGCCUUUAUUUUUUCAAAACGACGUACAGCAUUCUACUCCAACGCUGAGUUCUGAAUUCGAGAACAAUGAAGAUACUAUUCGACGUCUUUGUAAUGAUCCGGGAGCUUCUAAAAACCGCGUGUCUUGGCUAAGCUCAAAAGACAACAGGAAGAAGCUCAAAAUCACUCCCAGUGAUGUAAUUACUGCCGAUUUUGCAAACGGACUCAUUGACUUCAAUACUUUAGAAGCCAUUUUACCGUUUGGCGGAUUUCGUCUAAGCUUGCAACGAUACUGGAAUGGUCAGCCAGUGCGAUACACAUGUAAGCACGCGAGAACGAACAAGGUUUUUUUCGUGGUACAGUACGUGUAUACACAAUGCAUUGAAAUUUACAUUCAGAUUUGA